UUUUGAGCAUUGCCCAAGAAGCCUACAUUUAACAUUUCUAUGGAUGUUUCCAGCUUUUAUUUGGCCAUGUCCUCCCAUUUUCCUUCCACGUCCUCCAUUUUGAGCAUUGCCCAAGAAGAAGCCUGCAUUUAGCAUUUCAUGGAGCCAUGGCACUUAAAGAAGUGUGUAUGAUUUAUACAGUGCAUAGAGACGGAGCCUCAAUCCCUGGCUCCCUGAGGCAAAAUGGCGCCUGAGGGGGGCCUUUAAUGGAGGCCUUUAGAGGCGGCGGAAGAGGCGGCGCCAGGCCUUUCGGGGCCGGCUCUGAGGAGGAUAGGAAGCCAGGCUGGGUUUAUGGGGAGCCCGUCGUCAUGGGCCGCAAGAAGAACAAGAGGGAAGGACCCGCAACCCUCCGGAGGGUGGUUGCUUUCGACGAGGAGAGGCGGCGAGAGUACUUGACCGGCUUCCACAAACGUAAGGUUGAGAGGAGAAAAAUAGCGAUGGAGGAGAUAAAACACAAGCUGAAAGAAGAACAAAAGAAGAUGAAGGAAGAGAGGCAUAAGGAAUACAUGAAGAUGUUGAAGGAAAGAGAAGAUGCCUUAGAGGAAGCUGACGAAUUAGAGCAUCUGGUGACAUCCCGGACAGAGUCUGUGAGCUACGAUCACCCAGGCCACACUGUCACUGUUACUACAGUCAGUGACCUGGACCUCUCAGGAACACGCCUGGUAGGACUAAGUACCCAGGAGGGAGAACAAGAACUGGAAAAAGAAGAUGCCUCCAUCAAACCUACAUUGCCUAAGAAAUCUAAAGAUCCUUUCCUGUCUCAAAGGAUCUCUUCACUCACCGCCUCACUGCAUUCCCGCAGUCAGAAAAAGAGGAAAGGAAAGCUAACAAGACACAAUCAAGGUGUAAAGAAGAGAACCCAGAAACCAAGUGUAGGACGUACAAGCAAGGGACAGCGCAGGAAGAUGACAGGCAAAAGGAGGCACACCCAAGAGUGAUGGGCAAGCAGAACUGAACAUACUGGGCCUGUAGAGGACUGUGAAAAUAAGAUCUUUGGUUUACUGAGAAAGCCAAUUUUAUAGAAUUGAGGACUCAGGGCUUGGAAAUUUUAUUUCUUUGGACUCUGGUUUCUAGCAUCCCCUACCCAGCUAUUGAAUCCCACCUAUAUGUACCUGGAGGUCUGGUGCUAUGGACAUUUAGUGCCCAAAUUCAUAUUUAAGGAGAUAAAUGCAUAAGGCAAUGUUGGGAAUCACAUAGCCCUUGGGUGAGAACAGUCUUUGGGAUCUCCACUGUCCCCGCCCCAGGCCAUGGUCUUACUUUUUGGCUGAAGAACAACAUUUUCCAAUUAAAUGGAAUUUAAUUUCCAUUUAAAUACCAAACACAUCUAAAAUAAAUUCUUAACACCUUAGCGGGGUUAUUACAUGCUGUUUAGGAGGCUCCCUACCCCAUGACAGGCAUACAUGUAACUUCCUAUUUCCCAAAAGGGCAGCCACAUUGACACCAUGUGAUUGGAAUUCUGAAGAAGCUGAAGAUGUAGCCCUCUUGGCCUGAAGUAUGCCCAUCCCAACAUAAAAGGCAGGGAAUUGUAGUCUAUACCACCCUCCUAUACAUAUCUUGUUUUCUGUAUUUAUAAAUCUGUUUUUUACACUCUAAAGACA